GAACUGGCUGUACUAGUUCAAAAAGUGUACACUGAAGCGUUCUUUGUAGCAGAAUUGGUAAAAGUGUUGCCGUUCUUAGUAACAGUGCAAGAGAACUAGUGCAACAGUUCACUGUACUGAUUGCACUGGGUCCGGAGGUAGUACAACCAGUGCAGUGCAGUCUGGUGCAGUCAGUUGCAGUCAGUGUAGUACACAAUAACCUAAAAUUAUUAGAAGCGAUCAUUUUAUAAUAAACAAGAUCAAACAAGACAAUGGACAAUGAAAUUGGAAGAAUACAGAAAGAUGAGAGAGGGAAUAUCUUAGUAGAUGCGAAUGGAAACGUAACAUGUUAUACUGAAGGAGGAUUACAGUUUGCAAUUUCGUACAAAGAUCUUGAUUUCUCUUGUGACACACUUAACUGUACAGUUGACAAUAAAAACAUAUUAAUACCAUUACAUGAUGAUGUACGAAACAAUGAAGAAAAUAGUACAAAUUUUACUGAGAAUAAUGUUGAAAAUGUCACUGAAAGACAAGUUAGUGAAAUAAUAAACAAUGAAGAUGAAAUAGGAAGAGAGGAAAACAGAAAUCAAACACACUCAUGGUCAGAUGCCAGUAUCAAAUUAUUUUUAUCUUUAUAUAAAGAAAAAAGUGUUCAACUUGCAAACAGAAAACUAAAAACCAAAAAGAUAAUGUGGCAAAAAAUAUCUGAAAUUAUGAAUUUAAAAGGCUAUAACGUAACACCGAUUCAAGCAGAGAAUAAGUACAAGUCGUUAGAAAGAUCAUACAAAAAUACAGUAACACAUAACAAACAAACAGGUAGAAAUAGAAUGACCUGCCCCUUUCAAACGGAAUUGACAGAACUGUUAGGUCAUAGACACAAUAUUGAGCCUUUGGUUCUAUCAGGAAACAAAGGUACUACAUUCAGAAGCGACAUAAGACAAACUCCUUUACGUUUUGAUGAAGGAAAUGAAGAUACUGAAAAUAUUUCUCCCAAUAUUACAAAUUUGAAUAGAAACAUAGGCUCAUAUAAAAAUAAUAACUCAUAUGACAUUAAUGAAGCAACAAUUAAUUCUGCACAAACUCAUCCAGUAAUAAAUAAUGAACUUUCAACAUCUAAUUCUGCACAAACUCAUCCAGUAAUAAAUUAUGAAUCCUCAACAUCUCAAGAAACGGUACGGAGUGACACGAACCAUAAUAAUGUAACAAAAGGUCAUAGGAAGCAAAUGGGAACAACAGCAAAAGCUUUGCACAUGUAUGAACAAAGUAUUCAAGAUCUAAGAAGUGAAAUAGAAGCAGAAAAUAAAAAGAGGCAUGAAAUACAAAAACAAAUACUAGAAGAACAUAGUAAAUUAAGAUUAGCAUAUGAACAACAUAUGAUCAAAGUACAGGAGGAAAUGACAAUUGCUAACAAAUUAAGAGCAGAAAGAAAUGAAUUACUGAAUGAACUUCUUUCUGAAAAAAGUAAAAAACUUUAAAGCUAUAUUGCGUGGAAAUAAUUUUACAAUUAUUUUUAUUGUAUUUAUUUUUAUUUUUAAGUUACAUUAACAUUUUUUUUAAUUACAAGUGUGAACUGCAAUGUAAAAGUAAGUUUAGUGAUAAAAACACACUUGAUACGUGACUGUGAUUAUGUUAUGUUUUUAUUUUGGUUAAUAAUGAUUAAUAAUUAUUCAGAGGAUUAAUAAUUACAAGAUAUGUAAUUUUAUGUUUGUUUUAGUUUAAAAGUUACAUUAACAUUUGUAUUUUUUUUUAACUACAAGUGUGAACUGCAAUGUAAAAGUAAGUUCAGCGAUAAAAACACACUUGAUACGUAACUGUGAUUAUAUGUUUUUAUUUUGGUUAAUAAUGAUUAAUAAUUAUUCAAAGGAUCAGAGGAUCAAUAAUUACAAGAUAUGUAAUUUUAUGUUUGUUUUACUACAAAUAAAUAUAGAUACAUUUUA